AUCACGAUUGAGAAUCGCACAGCGGAGAGCCCUCCGUGUUCUUCCUGAAGACGCUUUGCACCCCAAGAGAGAACGCCACGGUCAUGCUGAAGAUUUCCUUUUUUCUCGCCGUCUACGCCUUGGUGGCUUGCCAGAUGGAUAACUACCAGGCAGUCCCCCUCAGACCCGGCUUCGAGUCUGUGACGGACCGAGGGACGCUCGGCGAGUACGAGGCUCGCCGGUUGUUAAACGCGCUGGUGAAGGAAUACGUCCAGAUGACCGCGGAAGAGCUGGAGCAGGCGAGCGAAGGCAACAGUAUAACAGCACAGAAGAGGGCGUGUAACACGGCAACCUGUGUGACCCAUCGCUUGGCAGACUUCCUGAGUAGGUCAGGAGGAGUGGGCAAGAGCAACUUUGUACCUACCAACGUGGGAGCAAAAGCUUUUGGCAGGCGAAGAAGAAAUGUUCAGAUGUAAUCUGCUAAAUGACCCCUGGAAUAUGGUUGCCAUGAAACUGAGCAGUGAACUCCUUUUAAUUUCUCUUGAAAGCAACUUUCUUCCAUAAAUCAAGUUGGCUGAAUAGAAGAUUCGUUUUUGCAUCCUUCUAAUAUUGAAGAAUUGUUUAAUUUAAUUUUAAAACAAAAACAUUUCUGUUAUAUAAUAUAUAUUUAUAUACCAAGAUAAUUAUUCAAAUUAAAUUAUUGUAUAUUCUUUUUAUAUGCAGUUCUAUUUCAAAUAAAAUGUGACAGCAUCUAUUUAUUUAUUUAUCUUCUAGCAUACCUGUGAAAUAUGACCCAUGCUAUUUAUCUUGGCGAUAUUGCCAAAUCUCGGGGAUUACACUAAAUUGCUGCCUAUCAAGGCAUAUCUGUAAGAUAUGGUGUGCUGUGCCUUGAUGUAAAACAUUUAACUGACAAUUGUAUAGUAUGUUUCAAAGAUACUUAAAUAUUGUAUCAUUUGUGAAUUUAUGCAAGAUUAAAAAAAGUAUUUUAGAUA